AUGAUCGAGGCAACUUUGAAGUUCAGCAUCCCAUCCCAACAUGACGGGUCACUGUUAGAGUGUCGGAUAUAUCACCCGCUCGAUAAAGGCGGGAGCUCUGCCGGGAGAUGUUGUGCGGUAAUAGUCGCUCACCCGUACGCUCCACUCGGCGGAAGCAUGGACGAUUCAGUCGUCCAGUUGAUUGUGUCAGCCUGUCUCACAGAUGGAUUAAUCGUAGGGGUCUUUAAUUUUAGGGGCGCCGGUUGCUCUCAAGGUCGAACUUCAUGGCAGGGCAAGGCCGAAAGAGAAGAUUACCAAUCCUUUAUCGCUUUCUUUCUCUACUACCUGCAUCACCUCAGGCGUCUAUUAACUCAAGACUGCUUACCAUCUACAUCGCAUCAUGUUUCAUCGUGUGGCAGCCUGAACGAGCUUAGUGAGACAAAUAGACUCUCGCAACAUCUUGAACCGUCGCCAUUCCAGUCGCUUCUCCUACUCGCCGGGUAUUCCUACGGUGCUCUCAUAACUAUGGCGCUCCCCUCAUCGUUAGAACUGAUUCUGGCACCUUUCGAAUCCCCUGAGCCAGAUUCUGUGUGCUCUAAGAUCCGCAGAUGCGCUGAGACCCUAGCCCUACGAUCACGCAAGAACGGACACCUAUCGGCUGCGGCCCGUGGUCAAGAUCUACUUGAGACUCGGGAGACUCCGAUAGCCGUUUCGCCAGUAGACCUCAAUAGACGCGUAGCUUAUCUCCUCAUCUCGCCCUUGCAUGGCAUAGUCCGGGACUUCCUCACCCUAUGGACUCUUCGAAACUGGUCUUACUCGUCUCCAACUUCUCCUACCGACUUAAAGCUCCAAACUAACCCCACCCUUGCUAUUUAUGGCGAUAAUGAUAUAUUUGUUGGCAUAAAGCAAUUGCGGCGUUGGGCUACAUCGCUCGCUGAAGCCGAUAUAGCACAGGGUGGCAGCCAGUUUCGGUAUGUUGAGGUUACGGGCGCAAGCCAUUUCUGGCAUGAUGAUCACUAUUCCUAUAUCCUGAGUGAAGAAGUAUCGACAUUCAUCACAAGUUUGGUCUGA